AUGGGCGACCAACACCAACGUCGACUUUCCUUGAUCAUAGCCGGAACUUCACAAUCCGUUGCACCCUUCCCUCCAACACAUCUCGCUCGAGCACAAGAGCAACCGCUAUCGUCUACACGAAUCGCGGAUCGCCUCGAAGAUCAAGUCGAAUUCUCAAAUCUCGGACCACGUGAGGACGAUCCCUACAGCGACAUCUCCUCCGCCGACGAGGGAGACCCCUCUCUCUCAAUGCCACACAGGAAGAGCAAGUCACGCUCUCCUAAUCCGCGAGGAGGAUCAGUACGUGGGAGAAGUACAGCGAACGGAUCAUUAUCGUCGAAGGACUCCAACGCGUCGUUACGAGGGGACGUGGAUAUGAACGGCACAAUGCUGGAACAUCGGCGAGGAAAGCGGCAUGAGUCGAUGGACAUACCCGGGGAGGAUUCAGCAGAUGCACGGGAACGGUUGAUGGGGCGGGAGACGUUCAGUCUGGACGAUACACCGGCAAAGGGAGAGGAGAGCGAGAGCAAAGGUUUCUUUGAAUUGCCUGUGCAAGAUCGACGGAAUUUCCUGCUGCUGGUGUUGCUAUACUUCCUGCAAGGCAUACCAAUGGGUCUGGCUGGAGGAAGUAUACCAUUCUUACUGAAGAGCCAUCUGAGCUACAGUCAGAUUGGUGUGUACAGCUUAGCGAGUUAUCCCUACUCGUUGAAACUGCUGUGGAGUCCGAUCGUGGAUGCUGUAUGGAGUUCGAAGGUGGGGAGGCGGAAGAGUUGGAUUCUGCCAAUCCAGUUGUUGAGUGGUAUCGGUAUGCUAUGGUUAGGAACAAGAGCUGAGGCGAUGAUGGUGACGGCGGGUGAGAACAAUGGUGCUGGGGUGUGGGGCUUUACCGGAUGGUGGUUUGCGCUGGUGUUCAUGUGUGCGACGCAGGACAUCGCUGUGGAUGGCUGGGCCUUGACUCUCCUCUCCCAAUCCAACCUCUCCUACGCCUCAACCGCCCAGACAGUCGGCCUCACAGGCGGCCAAUUCCUCUCCUUCACCGUCUUCCUCGCCCUCAACUCGCCCGACUUCGCCAACAAAUACUUCCGCUCCACACCCCUCGACCAAGGUCUCUUCACCCUCAACUCCUACCUCACCUUCUGGGGCUGGUUCUAUAUCCUUGUGACCCUCGGCCUCGCACUCCUCAAGAAAGAAGAACGCACCCGUGAGAAGGAGGGAAUCUGGGAUGUCUACAAGCUCAUGGGCGGGAUCUUGAAGUUGAAGAAUAUUCAAGUCUUCAUCGUCAUUCACUUGAUUGCGAAGAUUGGAUUCCAAGCAAACGACGCCGUAACGAAUCUCAAACUCCUCGACAAGGGAUUCAGCCAGGAGGAUCUAGCGCUCACUGUUCUCAUCGACUUCCCCUUCGAGAUCGGCCUGGGCUACUACGCAGGGAAGUGGUCAGAACAAUACCUUCCCGUCCGCGUCUGGUGCUGGGCUUUCGUUGGUCGCCUCAUGGCCGCAGUCUUCGCGCAGCUUGUGGUCAUGUUCUUUCCAGCAGAAGGGACCACGACGGUAUACUUGCUCGUCAUCAUCGUGGAACAUGUCUUUAGCACGUUCAUGAGCACGGUCAUGUUCGUCGCCAUCUCCGCCUUCCACGCCAAGAUCUCGGAUCCAGCCAUUGGAGGCACAUACAUGACUUUGCUGGCAACAGUCUCCAACCUUGGCGGCACCUUCCCACGAUACUUUAUCCUCCGCUUCGUGGAUGCGUUCACGAAGGCGACUUGCAUACCGCCUGAGAAGGCACCCGCCGACCUCAAAAGCGACCUCAUCACUCAAGCUUUCAGCUGCGUGGCAGAGGUUGAGAAGCACCGCUGCAUUGACGGUGGAGGUAUUUGUAACAUCGAGAGGGAUGGAUACUACAUCGUCAACAUACUAUGUGUGGUGUUUGGCGUGGUGACGUUCUUCGGCUUCAUUAAGCCCAAGGCGAUGAAGCUGCAGAGUUUACCGCUUAAGGCGUGGAGGUUGGCGAAUUAG